UUCAAGGGGGACAGAGAGGAUAAUUUAAUUCUUAAUAUUUGCCAUCUUAAAAUCGUCCCUCUUGUGAUGCACGGGAAAACGCUCUCAGCUGCAUGAUCAAAUGAAGCGGUAGCCUAAUUAAGCAAGCGGGUUUGUAAUGCAUGCAGAAGAAAUGCACAGAUGCUGACGGAUGGAAGGCUUCAGAUGCAGCGGUUGCACUGGUGCUGAAUCGGGAUGCUUGGUCAUGAAAUGAAACGAGACCCGCUCGGUUGUGAGAACACCAACUUGUUUCCUGCGCUAUAACGUGAGACGGACAGAGAGAGAGGGGGGAGGAGGGGGCGCGAGCGUUCGUUCGCCGCUGUUGCUCGGGGCUCGCGGAAGAACCGAUCACAUGGAUUCCAAGGUUCCAUUUUUCAACAGCGCUUCGAUCUGAGCGCGCGCUGACAGCCCCAGUGACCAGCGCAUCCAUCAGAGGCGCGCGAGGGAAAGAGGCAUCACUUCGCCGGUUCCAUCGAUCUGCCGGAACUGAGCAGGCACCAGAGUCGGUCUGUGUGUGCGAAGGAGGGCGAAAGCGGCCCUGGGGUAUUUCUGCCACCGAGAAACAGUCAGUUGCACGCGUAACGGAGAGGAAACGGAUCUGGAUGGAAUAUUUGGCAUUGCCAAAAAUCAUUUAGCAGGAAAGCAUUCCUCAUUUGCUUAAAUCACAGGUGGCGUGUGGAACCAAAGACAGCCCAGUGCUGGAUUCCCAAAGGACAGCUAGAGAUCACAGACCCUUGAGGUGAAAGAGGUUGCAUGGAUCACUCAAGGACAAAGACUUCUGCCUACCUCUGGUUGGGCGUGGUCUCCGUGGCAGCAACUUUCUUCUGCGCAGAGGCAGGUGUCACACCAAGCCCAUCCCUCUCACAUAACAUCACAUGCAUCGGGGAGGCAGAUCGAUGCAAGCCUGGCAUUAUCUUACCAAUUUGGUACCCCGAGGACCCUUCCAUGGGUGACAAGAUCGCCAGGGUCAUUGUGUACUUUGUGGCACUAAUCUACAUGUUCCUGGGGGUAUCGAUUAUUGCGGAUCGCUUUAUGGCCGCCAUUGAAGUCAUUACCUCCCAGGAAAAGGAAAUAAUCAUCAAGCGUCCAAAUGGUGAGACGACAACAACGACAAUCCGAGUGUGGAACGAGACCGUGUCCAACCUCACACUCAUGGCGUUGGGCUCUUCUACCCCUGAGAUCCUUCUCUCUGUUAUCGAGAUUUGCGGGCAUGAGUUCCACGCCGGCGAACUCGGUCCAUCCACCAUCGUAGGCAGCGCUGCCUUCAACAUGUUUGUGAUCAUCGGCCUUUGUGUGUCGGUGAUCCCGGAAGGGGAGGUCCGGAGGGUAAAACACUUGCGUGUGUUUUUCGUGACAGCGGCGUGGAGCAUAUUUGCUUACAUCUGGCUCUACAUGAUCCUGGCUGUGUUCUCGCCCAAUGUAGUCCAAGUAUGGGAAGGGCUUCUCACCUUGGCGUUCUUCCCAAUCUGUGUCGUUCUAGCUUGGGUUGCUGACCGUCGCCUGCUCUUCUACAAGUUUAUGCACAAGAAAUAUCGCACAGACAAGCACCGAGGCGUCAUUAUUGAGACAGAGGGGGACCGUUCAAAAGGCAUCGAAAUGGACGGAAAGAUGAUGAAUUCUCAUUUUGUUGAUGGCGGAGCUGCUAGUAAUUUGAUGGGCCUGAUUGAGGGCAAGGAGGUGGAUGAGUCUCGCAGAGAUAUGAUCCGUAUCCUGAAGGACCUGAAGCAGAAACACCCGGAGAAGGAGCUUGAUCAGUUGGUGGAGAUGGCUAACUACUAUGCACUGUCACACCAGCAGAAAAGCAGAGCGUUUUAUCGUAUCCAGGCCACGAGGAUGAUGACCGGUGCAGGGAACAUUCUUAAGAAGCAUGUGGCCGAGCAAGCCAAAUGCAGCACUAGUGUUCAAGAAAUUCGCACAGAAGAACCUGAUGAGUUUGUGUCCCGCAUUAUGUUUGAGCCUGCCAUUUACCAGUGUCUGGAGAACUGUGGAGCUGUUCUGCUUACAAUAGUGCGUAAAGGUGGUGACAUCGCAAAUACAAUCUAUGUGGAUUAUAAAACGGAAGAUGGCUCAGCGAAUGCCGGUGCGGACUAUGAGUUCACCGAGGGCAUGGUGGUGUUCAAACCUGGCGAGGUUGUCAAGGAGAUUACUGUUGGCAUAAUUGAUGACGACAUCUUUGAAGAGGAUGAACAUUUCUUUGUGCGGCUCAGUAACGUCCGUGUUUUGGAGACUGAGGAUGAGGUGUUGUCGCCCAGUAGCCUUCCGUACCCAAAGGCCUUGAUAGGAUUUCCUGCUGUUGCCACGGUUACCAUCCUCGACGAUGACCAUGCAGGCAUCUUCACUUUUGAAAGCGAGUCCAUGCACGUGAGUGAGAGUGUGGGCGUCAUGGAAGUGAAAGUGCUGCGGACGUCCGGAGCGAGAGGGACGGUCAUCAUUCCGUUCCGCACAGUGGAGGGACUCGCUAAAGGUGGUGGAGAGGACUUCGAGGAUGCGUACGGAGAGCUAGAGUUCAAAAACGAUGAGACCUGUAAAACCAUACAAGUUAAAAUCAUCGAUGAUGAGGAGUAUGAAAAAAACAAAAACUUCUAUCUGGAGCUAGCAGAACCACGCAUGGUGGACAUGAGCCUUCAGAAAGCUCUGUUAUUAGCUGACGAUAUUCCAGACAGGAAGUUUUCAUCAGAAGAGGAGGAAGCAAGAAGAAUAGCAGAGAUGGGAAAGCCUGUAUUGGGCGAGCAUGCGAAAAUAGAGAUCAUCAUUGAAGAGUCGUAUGAAUUUAAGAGUACAGUAGAUAAGCUGAUUAAGAAGACUAACUUGGCUCUGGUUGUGGGCACAAAUUCCUGGAGAGAACAAUUCAUGGAGGCCAUAACUGUCAGCGCAGGAGAUGAGGAUGAGGAUGAAGGGGGAGAGGAACGUCUGCCAUCUUGUUUUGACUACGUCAUGCACUUCCUGACUGUGUUCUGGAAGGUUCUGUUUGCCUGUGUCCCACCCACGGAAUACUGGAACGGGUGGGCAUGCUUCAUUGUUUCCAUAGUGAUCAUCGGUCUUUUGACUGCUGUGAUCGGUGACCUGGCCAGUCACUUUGGCUGCACCAUUGGCCUGAAGGACUCGGUCACCGCUGUGGUGUUUGUAGCCCUGGGAACAUCUAUCCCUGACACCUUUGCCAGUAAAGUUGCAGCGGUGCAGGACAGUUACGCAGACGCGGCUAUCGGUAACGUGACCGGUAGUAAUGCUGUGAACGUUUUCUUGGGAAUCGGUGUGGCCUGGUCAGUGGCUGCCAUCUACUGGAACAUGCAGGGCCGUGCGUUCGAGGUGCAAGCAGGUUCCCUGGCAUUUUCUGUCACUCUCUUCACUAUCUUUGCCUUCCUGGCGGUGAGUGUCCUUCUGUACCGACGCAGGCCUCACAUCGGUGGAGAGCUGGGCGGCCCGCGCACACAGCGCAUCUUCACAACACUCUUUUUCUUCAGUCUCUGGUUUCUCUACAUCCUUUUCUCCAGUCUUGAGGCUUACUGUCAUAUAAAGGGCUUCUGAAGAGAAGAGAUGGGGUGGGAACGGGUGGGGGUUGGAAAGAGAUAUAUGGGAGGAAACUUCUAUCUGUAAAUGACAGACUAAGAGCUAAGGAAUAAUUCAGUAAGGUCGCUAAGCAGGCAUGGAUUUGAGCUUUAAAAAAGGAGAUUUAUUCUUCAGAUGCCUUCACGCUGAAGAUGAAGAGUGUGAAACAUUUCUCUAAGGGGUGGGACAGUCUUAACCUGGAGUCGGAGCUUUUCACAGUCUAUAUUUUUCUCAACACCUGCUGAGAACGACUUUUUUGUAAUGAAGUAUUUUGGGAAAAAAAUGCAUAAAAAAUAACAAAAAGAAUUAAAGGAUACAAAGGACUAUUUUCAAAUCUGCUUCCAGGAUUAUAAAUAAUAUUUCAACAAAAAAAUUUAAAUAUAUGACUACAUGGAAUCUGUUAUUGAGUGACAUUUUUGAUGGACCCAUAACGUUAUUAUUUAUUUUUUUCCUUGUUUAGUUUGGUAAGAACUCACAGAGAUUACAGCUUUUACCAUCAGGUCCCAGCUAGGGAGAGUGGCUCGGAAACACACAACGCUGAGUAGACAAACGAAGAAUCGAGAUGAAUAUGAACAAUGGCUGAACACUGCAUUUUCUCCCUGAUAUUCCUGUAUGGAUACAAUCUGCUUCCAUAUUUUUUCUGUAUUUUUGUGUAUUUCCUUGCCGAGUGUUGUUAUUUCAAGAAUCAUGGAAGCUUCAGAGGGUUGCAGAAGAACAGAAUGCAAAAAUUUAUACAGGGGGAAAAUGAGGCCUUUCUUUGCAAUUGAACAUUCAUCAAAAUGAAUCACUAGUGUAUUUUCUGAUAACACCGUGGAGGAGAGUGCACUGCAUCUGCUAUUACAGUUGUUGUUUUUUGUUUGUGUUUCAGUCUUUCAGUGUGGUUGAACAAACAUAAAGCACCCCUGAAGAAAACUCCCACCCCCACUUUACCUUAGUGAGUCCCUCUAUAUGGAGUCACAUGACCAUUUUACCAGGAACUCCUUAAGUGCGCAUCUAAACAGUGUCUGAAGUGUCAGUGAUCGUUGGUGGUGAAUUCUGAGUAUUUUUCAUUGGGUCCUUUAAUGUGGUUUGUAAUGUUUACUGGCCUUCAGUCCAGGAAAGACUGAGAAUGGAUCAGUACAAACAGAUUAAUUUAACGUAGUGAUGAGAGUUUUUUGGAUUUCAGGAAGCAGUAGAGAAAUUUUUGGCAAAAGUUUAAAUAAAUGGUUCACCUAAAAAUUAAACAUUGGCUGGAAAUGUACUCACCCUCAGACCAUCCAAAAUUGUACAUUAGAUGAGUCACUUGCUCACCAAUGGAUCCUCUGCAGUGAAUGGGUGCCAUCAGAAUGAGAAUCCAAACAGCUGAUAAAAACAUCACAAUAAUCCAAAAGGAAUCCAAAUGACUCCAGUUCAUCAUUUGAUUUCUUGUGAAAAUCUGCUGUUUGUAACAAACAAAGUUUUUACUUUAAACUGUCACUUCUGCCCUAGAGUGUGAGUAUAUUUUCAGCAGUUUUUUCAUUUUGGGGUGAAUUAUUCUAUUAAAAAGCAGUCAUCAAUUCAUCUGACUGACUAAAGUGUUUCUGUGCCUAUUUUUGCUGUAGUGAGCUGAAAAGCAAUGAAGUGGGUGGGAUUUCUGUAUUAUUUGGGGAAGGGAUGUCAUAAAGAAUUGUUUAGGAUGGCCAAUAAGAGCCCAGAACCAAAGAACAGAACUUAGACUGCAACUCAGAAGCUGCAGUGGUUCCCUGGGUUAGUGAGCUUUCCACCCUUGUAUGUUCGUACAACUCUUACAUUUUGUGUGUGUGUGUGUGUGUGUAUGUGUGUGUGUGUUUUGACAUGUUUCUUGUUUGCUCAUUUCAAAUACAGGCCAAAUCAGUUGUAUCCAGGACACCAGUGUUGGGAUUACAACAACUACAUAUGUACUUCAUUUUUAUUAUGUUUACAUUCAAAUACAGUACAGCUGUGUAUGUAUUGCUUGUGGGUGAGGGUAGUUGAAAACACAUUUAUUGUCUGAAAAUCCCUUCAUCCAAAUUGCAAAUGGACCUGCUGGCAUCGCUUCAGCCUGCUCUGUGCUUCCUACUCAGUGACUACUCAGUUCAUAAUCGAUGUUUUACAGAAAAACGUACAAGAAUCUGCUCUUUAUGACUCAUACAGGCUCAUGUUCAUUAAUUUUUAGUGUUUGAACUUGUUGUAUGCAGAAAGGCAGGAGUGUGUAUUAGCUUAGCUAAACCACAAACACUUUCUUUAUCCACACACAAUGACAUUGCGAGCAUGUACUGCCUACACAGACAGCUUCAUUUACAUCUACUAUAUGCAACUAAUUAUGUUGCUUUCUAAGAUGCUUUGUUUUGGUGGUGUUCGUUAAGGAAAAUAUCUUAUUUUCCAAAAAGUAUUGUUAAAAAUUGUUUAUUAGUCUAAUUUAAAAUGUGCCCCCCCUAAAAAAAAAUAAAAAUAAAUAAAUCUAUAAGUAAUUUAUAUUACCUGAUAUGUACACUACCAUUCUGACAAGUCAGUAAGAUUUUUUCUUUGUUGGUUUUUUAAAUAUAAAUAAUUUUUAAUUUAUUCACAAAUGUAUUAUUUAUAUUAAUUGAUCAAAAGUGACAGUAAAGACCAUUAAUGUUACAAAUAAGUGCUGCUUAAAAUUUCUAAUCAUCAAAGAAUCCUGGAAAAACUGUAUAAUCCUUUACACAAAAAUAUUAAGCUGUGCAACUGUUUUUGACAUUGAUAAUGAUAAGACAUUUUUUAUUAUAUUAAAAUAGAACAUUUUAUUUCAGUUGUAAAAAUUUCAAUACAUAACUGCUUACUGCAUUUUUGACCAAACAGAUGCAGCCUUGCUCUGUAUUUUUUAUGCAAUCACAUUUUUAUCUUAGCAACAUGAUAACAGCAAACUCCAUUGAAUCAUUUAUGAGUCGAGACCACUGAUAUAGAUCAGUGGUCGAGACACCCAAGGAGCACAAUUUAGUACAUGAUUUGCUGCCAAUGUAAAGUGUUCCAAAUCAGUCACUUUUGAUGUUCCCUGUGUAGGCAGUAGACAGCAAGGCAGCUCACAAGGUUCUGGAACACAGCCACUCACACACCUCAUAAGCUGUUCUGUGCACCAGUAUUAGGCAUGAUAAAAAAAAUGUAAAUGAAGAAAUAUAAUUAACACAGUAUUCAGCUUGAAUGCUCUGCUACUUUCAGCGAACCACUUGUAUUCUGCCAGCAUGUGUUGUUGAUUGUGUUUGGUGUGAGUCAGUGGGCAGCUAAAGUAGAUCACAGCAGAUCUUCACCACAUCUGUGCACAUGUGUGCAUGUGUAUUUUUGAGAUGGUUGGUGGUAAAAUAGCAGUCUUAUGAACCUUCUUUGCCAGUUUGGCUGACUUGGCUUAUGGUCACGCUCAGAGUUCGGCUUUAACUUAGUGUGUUUAGGACUCUGUAUCAGCCUGGAUCAGAUCACACACACACACACCUAUGCACUCACACAUGCACACUUGAGUUAACUAAACAUUACUGAGGGUUAUUAUGAAUAUUGGGGUGGGCCUUCAUAUAGGAUGGUUGAGCAUGAAAAUCAGCUGCAACUACCAGCUUUGAACUUUUUCUACUGCCAGCUAACACUUCCAGCUGUUUAGAUGCAGGUGAACUGGUUUACAAGAGAUUUCAGAUGAUGUCACUUAUAACCGUAAAGUCACACAAGUCUUAUAAAUGUAUCAGGGGUCUGAGUCUCUCUCUCUCACACACAAACACACUCCUCUUCAGCCUGGUGAUGAAGCAGAUGGUGGUUAUAUUCAUCUAUUGUUGUUUUCUUUCUUUUUGUUUUGUUUUUUACUCUUCUCUCACCAAAACAAAAACAAAAAAAAAUGUUUUAUUUUCAGGGAAUUAUGCAUGAAAUUUACCUUAAUUUAUGUCCGCUGAUUUAUUUUGAAUUCUUUUGGUCAACAGAAAAAUAAAAAAUAAAAUGUAUUUGAAAAAUCUGA